AGUUGAAAAUGAAAACGGGAUGUGGUGAACCUGCUCGCUCGUGACGCUUGUUGUACUACUGGUGUUAUAAAAUCCACUCUCGAUUUCACUUUGUCAGUUGUCACCUACUGUGUUGUCGACGUUAAGCUUUUCUUUUUAUUUUAUUUUAUUUUAUAUAUUUUUUUUUUCGUUGCUCACCAAUCUUAUUUUAUUUUUGGGUUGUACAUGACCUACACCUGUGCCAGCUGAGAUUAAUGGAAUUCUAAUAAAAACCGAUCGAUAACUGAAGCGCUUGCAAUAUAUGAAGGUAGGGUUAAAGAAAACGGUGGUAAAAUGAAUGAACCCAAACAAAAACCAUUGGACUAUGAGAAAACGAAUGAACCUAAUCAAGAACCACUAGACCAUGAGUAAACAAAUGAACCUAAUCAAGAACCAUUGGACCAUAAAAUAACGAAUGAACCUAAUCAAGAAUCAUUGGACCGUGAGAUAAUGCAUGGACCAAACCAAGAACCAUUAAGCCCUGAGAAAAUGAAUGAACUUAAUAGAGAACCAAUGGACAAUGAUAAAAAUAAUGAAUCUAAUCAAGAACCAUUCGACCAAAAUAAAAAGAAUGAACUUCGUAAAGAAAAAUCGAACCAUGAUAAGAAGAAUGAACCUGAUCAAGAAUCAUUAGAUCAUGAUAAAAGUGCAGAUGAACUUGGAAGCAAUAAAAAUUUUGUUAACAAAAUGAAAAAUGUUGCAAGAAACGUAGCCAAAUAUUUACAGUCUAAUGGAAAUCGAGUCUUUAUCUGGGGAAUAGGCGUAAUAGAUACGGAGAAUAAUGCUGAUGCUAAUGCUGGUGCUGGUCAACAUGCAACUAAUGGUCCAAAUGCAAAAGAUGAAACGGAUUUAUUGACUACGAUACAUAUUACUAAAAAACAGAUAGAUAAGCGACUCCAAUGUACCGUUUGCUUGGACGAAUAUGAACUUGGCGAGGAAGCGAUGAAAUUGACUUGUGACCAUAUAUUUCAUGAGAGAUGCAUCACUCAUUGGAUUAUAAUGCACGGUACGUGCCCGGUCUGCCGCAGAUACUUCUGUCCGGGCGAGCUCCAUCUACCGCGGGAACGAGUCAGUCUGUUUCGGUCCAUCGUACGGCGUGUGUGCCGCACAAUUCGCUCACCCUUGUUCUACUUUUUUCCGAGUUUCGCCUAUGCUCAAGCUGUGAACGACAGACGCCGGGCGACUCCAAUGUACAGACUCAUACGCGCGGAACGAGUGACGUCGCCGCAGGAACCCGCCCAGAGCGCUUCCACCGAAAUGAUCGACGACUACAUAUUUUGCCACGUCAUGUUCGUCUUGCAGAACGCGAACAACGAACAGCAUCCCGGCUCGCCCAACACCAUAGCGGCGAACAUGCGCAGGCGCUUUAGCCGCUUGCACCGCGAGGCCAACGCCAACCCUGCUGCAGGCCAGACCCCACCCCCCCAACGACCGGAAUUUAUUGCAGGCGAAAACCCGCCACCUCAACGACCGGAAUUUCAAGCAGGCGGAAACCCGCCAGCCCAGCGACCGGAAUUUCGUGAGGGCGGAAACCCGCCCCCCGAACGACCGGAAUUUCAUUUUCCUUCCGACGUCCUCUCGUCGGAGUACUUAGGUCAUUACUAGCCCGGGAAUAAACCGUAGUUAGUUCUCGCCGAUCAAUGGCAGAGCUUAGCGAUGUAGUGAAGUGUAGUCGAAAAUCCCUAGUCGUCGACGUUACAAUAUGACGUAUGUAGUGCACGCGCAAGUGAUAGAAAUAUUACAUAGUACUAUAUGUAUUCAGUGCAUAUGAGGUUAGUGAUGAUCAAAAAUCAUCUAUAGUAUUAUAUUAUUAUAUCUAUAAUAUUAUUAUAAAACACAAUAAAAAGAAACAUUAUCACAUUUCUUCCUCGGUUUUUCAGGGCAAGCGCAAAAACUAGCGGCAGGUAGAUACCUAUAGGUAGUAAUUGGGUAUCGGGCAAUCGAUUACACCAAAAAACCAAUAACCAUUAAAUUAAUUACAUCUUUACCUAUUUAAAUCACUUAAUCAUAUUCACAAAUUCACAAUUCUUGUAUUAUGUUAAAUACACUUGAAGAGUAUUUUAAUAAACUACUAAAGUUAUAUUAAAAUUUUUUCAUUUUUAUAUUUUUCCAAAAGUACCUCCGUGCAAUCACUAUCAUUAGGGCCCAGAUGUUUUUUCUUUAAGUACCUACGCAAAUUCCCUAAGAAUGUGUACUCAUGCUAAUGACCUAAACAAUUAAAAAUGCUCAUAGAACUGUUAAUUUAUUGGUUUUAAAAUUUAAAAUUACGAUUUGUAAACAUACGAAAUAAUAGCUAGUAAUUGUUUUCUCAAUUACUAUGAAAAAAAGUGAUAAAUGCCUUAAAACUUCAAAAAAAUACGUAAAACUAAAUAUCCGCAAAAAAUUCAAAAUUCAAAACUAAAAUUAGUUAUAAAGUCAUCAUAUGUUUUGAAUCAUAUUUUAGGCUGGGAAAGCAUCGCCCAUUGUGGUCCAAAAACAAAAUGCAAAAAUUAUCAACAACUUUCCUUCUAAGUACAUACAUUUAAGUAUAAUAUUAUUAUGCUAUUCAAUAUUAUAAUCCUGAGGAAAUGGCAUUAUUAAUAUUUAUU